AUGAGAAAGAAAGUUCUUACUAAUCCAUCAACUUUACAUAAUUCUCUAUAUGACAAUAUAGAUAAUAAUCUAGUAAUAUUUAGAGGAGAUUUUUUACAUAAAACUGAACUUAAGAAAUAUAUGAUAAUUGAUUUACUAGGCACAGGAACAUUUAGUCAAGUAGUUAGAUGUGUUAGUACAUGUGGUGAAGAGGUAGCGAUAAAGAUUGUUAAAAACAGUCCUAAAUAUUAUUUUUAUGAAAUGAAUGAAGUUAAAAUUUUACAGAAGUUGAUGUAUAAAAAUCUUUGUAAAUAUUUUGUUGAAAUUAAAGAUGUGUUUGUUUUUAAAGAGCAUUUAUGCAUAGUUGAAGAAUUGUUAGGACAUAAUUUGUAUGAGUUUAUUAAAAUAACAGGAUUUAAAGGAGUUGAUCAUAAAAUUAUACAAAAGAUUGGUAAACAGAUUUUAGAAGGACUUAAUCAUUUAAGUAUUAUGGGAAUAACCCAUUGUGAUUUAAAACCAGAAAAUAUUUUAAUUAAAGAUUAUAAUUCAUUUGAUGUAAAGAUUAUUGAUUUUGGAUCAGCCUUUUACGAACCACAGCAAAAUAAUUUUUAUGUUCAGUCUAGGUAUUACAGAGCACCAGAAGUAGUUUUAGGAAUACCUUACAGUAAUUCAUGCGAUAUUUGGUCUUUAGGUUGUAUUAUUUAUGAAAUGUACAUGGGCCAUCCUUUAUUUCCUGGGAAAGAUAAUCAAGAUUUACUCUAUAAAAUUUAUAAGUUAUUUAGUAGACUUCCGCGUUUUAUGUUAGAACAUGGAAAGAAUACACAUUUAUAUUUUGAUAAAGAAAAUAAUUAUAAAAUUAUUUGUAAUGAAAAUAAUAAAGCAAUUACGAUGAAUGAACUUAUAGAUAAAAUUAGAUCUAAAAAUAAUAGUAACUGUUUAGAUGAUAUAUUUAUUACAUUUAUUUUGGAGUGCAUUAAUCCAAGCCAUUUAAGCAGACCAUCUGCCUCUGUUUUGCUAAAUCAUAGAUAUUUACAAUCUAGCGGAAAUGAUGAAGUAAUUGAAAGAAGAAAUCAACCCAAUCCAGUACCAAAUCUUAUUAAACAUAGAAGAAAUUCAGAGUCUUAUUUUAAAAAUAAUAAAAAAGAGGAUAAAAGACAAUUUAGUGUAUUUGAUUUGACUAAUGAAAACAAAUUAAAUCAAUAA